AUGGAAGAAGGUGGCGACGACGAUUUAUCCUUGGUUGCCAAGCUUGGUACCAAGCAACGUAUUGAGCGAGCAAAACUUAGGGCAGCUGAAAGAAUAGCUCGUGAAGAUGCUGCAAGACGCGCACAGCAAGCUUCUAUAACACCAUCGCGGUCACCAUUCCCCUCAUCGCCUCUCAUCACAAAUUCUUUACCAUCUACUCCCAACCAUGCAUCGACAGCAAGUAUUCUUCUUCGAUCACCAACUACAAAUGAUGAACGCGUCGAGCGGGCUGAAGCACUCGAGGCACUAUCAAAGAAGAUCGAUAGGGCGGGGAACUUUAAGCUUCAGGAAUUGAUCAUGAGAAUGAUAUUGAAAUGUUCAGGAGCAAAAGAAGUGGCGGAAUCCUUUUUGGCGUUGAGGGAUGUAGAGGACAACAGUGAAGAAGAAGGUGAAAGGAAAAGAGAUGAUGCGGCGCAAAUAGAGGAUACAGGAGUGCAUGGUGACAAUCACGUGUUAAAUACCCGCGGACAUGGCACAAGCAUCACUUCAAAUGCGGAUCAAUAUCGGGAGGUUUUAUUAGAAACCCAAGCACCCUCCGAAUCCCCAACGACAGUCUCAAAUCAGCUGAUUGGUGAAGCAAACGCCAGGCAAGAAUAUGAUACAUCAAACUCAGAUCCAGCUCUUCAUCCAGAGCGCAGUUCGAUAUUGCACAAUAACGAGACCGCCAAUCAACCAUGUACUCUGGAACGGAGAAGUCACUGUGACUCUGUUAACGCUCAAGGCUUGAGUAGCAGGCAAUCUCUACCAAUUCUCAAUAGUAAUUCACAGAAAUACCCUACAACGAUCGAUGGCGAAGGAUUGGCGACAACAGCAAUCCAGACAACCAUGGAUGCGUUUCCUACUCCGAAUAACGGCACACUAAGAGAAAUUUUGUCCAGUACAGAUAUUUCGAAGGCACCCGACACUAUUCUCAGUGGCGUUGCCAAGGCACGUGAAAAAACCGUUGAUGAUAAUUCUAUGAGCGCGACUCCCGAAAUCUCGAUUUCCAGAGCAAGCGAGUCUGCUACGACGUCAGUAACUACUGAUACACCGCAAGAUAAUAUGCUUCAAUUAGUCAAUGAUAUUUCAGUGAGGUACCUUGCUUUAGCUCGUGCUUCUGGUCUCGCCAAUUUUCCUUACGAACAACUUGCAGGUUUUAGAUCUGGAUUUCCACACAAUUUGCCCACUAAAGACUUUUCAUUUGAAGCGUUCAACGAUCUUGUUGACAAUUUUCGGAGAAACAUUGAAUCAAUGCAUGAAGCUCAUGCGAAUAAUGAUACCCUGGGAAACGUGAGGAGUCAAGAAGUUCGGGAGGAUUUCAGUGGUGCUAGUGAUCCGGGCAGUCCUAUUCCUAUCGAUGUGAAUGGGCAGGAGCUGGAUGAAAAUUUGUCUCAUAUAGAUGGAGUCAAUCCGAAAGCUGGAGAAACCAUAGCCACCGCAGAAGCAACGGAUAUUGAGGAGGAUGAAUAUGGCAUCCCAGAUGACAUGCCAAGUAGUCAUUACAACUGUGAUAGUUGUCGAAAGCCAAUCGUUUUACCUGAAGGUUCAAUCAUUAGUUUGAGUUCAAUAACUACCACAUGUUUGCACUGCAAGACUCGAAAAGCUGCGGGUAUCACACGUAGAAGACUGGGAAUGAAAUCUCGGUCAGCCAUUGUUGCAGAACCACCCAGUCUCAAAACAAGCAACCAGCCUUCACCUAACCCAUUAGAUCAGUCUGUUAUAGAGACUUCAUUACGUUCUUCGAGACCUGUUGCCGAGACAUCAGCGUCACACUCCGAGACCCCCUUGGAAGCACCCCCAGAAUUAUUACCGGAACCAUUAACGGAGCCCCUGUUAGAGUCACUACGAGAACCACUUACAGACGACAUAGAGCAGCUCUCACAUUCAAUAGAGGUCGAAGACAACGAUUUUGGUGAAACGCCUCGGGGCUCUAGGUUAGGCCAUAGAGACCUUGUUAAAGAGGAGCAUCAGGGAUACGAUGUUACCGUUGAGCUUCCAGCAUGGCCUAGUUCUGCAAUCCCAUGUCUUUCUGCAAGUCAAGUUUUAGCUGACAGCCAAAUAUCAUCAAUAAAUAGGAAGCGCAAGGUUGAGUACAUAGAUGGAGAAGCCAUCUAUUCUCAUCCUAUCGGUCCGAAACGACGCCGCGGCAGACCUCUGAAAAAUUACCGUACAAUGGUCUUAGACGCUUCACCGGCAGAUCCUUCUCAAGCUUCGACACCUUCGACACCGACAUCACGCGGAAUCUCACAAGUGGGUCUGAGUGGCAAGAAAAGAGGCCGUCCAUUUGGAAGUAAGAACAAAGUCAAAUUGGAAAAAAUAGAUUCGAAUCAGGCAAUAGAUAUUACAGAAACAGGCCAGCGUCAGCCUGCCAAGAAAGCUCGAGAAAUUACACGAAAUGCAUUCAACGAAGGACCAGAUUCCAUAGGAGAUGCGGCGGUCUGGUCUGGAGUACCAGCACAGACCCAAAUUAAUUCUUGUUCGGCCACUGAAUCUACAAUUUCAUACUUUCAGGGAAGCUCUGACCGGUUUGUUUCAACAACAAGAGCUCGACAAGAUUCUGAUCCUGACUACACGCCAACAUGGGAAUCAGAAGUUCGAAGCGGCAUAAUACCAAAUGGCGAUUCAACUUUGUCCUCCUUGGGCGGUGCAGUAUCGAAUGUCGGUAAUGAAAGCGGCGCAGUCGACAAUACUUUGACUGGAUCCUUGGAAGAGAAUUUGAGAGAGCCAGGGAGUUGUAACCCUCAGGGAAGAAGCUCUGAAGAUGGAUGUCAAUUCAUGAAUUCUUCGCAUCGUUCGGAUAUGGAUGUGGUCAUCAGUAGACAGGAUAGAGAAGUUCCCGUAUCUCAGAGCUCAAUACCUGACCAUGAGCAAUCUCGCUGUAAGUAACUACAGCUAUAUUGGCCGAAACUCACUCCUAACAGGCAAUUGGCCAAUCACUCAUGUACCCAAAAAUCGCCCGUCUAAUAUCGGAAUUUCACAUCCUGGGAGAGAAAUUUCAGCACGAAGAACAUUGCCUGGAUAGGUAGCCACUGACUGAUAACUCAUCAUUUACAGUAUCACUUGUAGGCGCGUUGCCCUGGAAUACCUUGAAUCAAGACCCGAGUUUGACUGCAUUACCUACCCCUUCACCAACUAUCCAUAGUCUGCAAGAACAUGCUCCAAUUAUUUGCAGAAGAUAA